AUGGAGAAUAAGCCCAACUACUUGCCGUCUCGAGAUCCUUCACGUCCAGAAGAUCGUUCUCGUUCACCGCAUCGCGAAGUCCACCCAUGGGAGAAAGGCGGACAGCCGAAAUCUGUGUUGUAUCCGGCCGACAUACAGUUUCACCGGCAGAGCUCCAGCAAAGCAAAUAACAAUCGCUCACCGAUUAAGCCAUCUAACUCGCCAUCAAAACAUCGUCCUGCAAACAAGUAUACUCGAACUUCACCACUAAAGGAACAUUCACAGAUCCCCCAUGCCAGGGCUCUUCCAAUACCGCAUGAUCCUGAUCGCAGUGUUCGGAAAUUAGCAGAACGUCUGCAAAAAUGGAAUGAAAUGCACAGUCCUCCAAAAUUUAUGGCUGGAUUAAUGCCGAAGCACGACGAGCAUGAGCCAUCGAAACCUCAUCAGACCACGCCCAAGAGUCGAAAACAUGAAUCGUGGACAAUAGAGUACUUCACUAGAGAACCGUUUGCUCUUGGAGUGGCUGGUAAUGGCCAAAAUAAGGAACCUGUAGAAAGAUCUCAUCCUUCGAAGGAGAAUAUCAGAGUGAUAGAGAAACCACGUCGUCGGGCUAACUCUUCUCCCACAUGCGAGGACUGGGAACCUGUGCAACAUGAUCCCCUUGACAACCAUACUGUUCCUACCCCGUCUGCGCCAUCAACAAACUUCAAUAAGCCAAUGGUUAUGCCAUCCCUUCAACUCGAAUCUGACGCUAUUACGCCACCCAAUAACGACGGUGCACAAAACGCAACGACACCCGGAAACCUAGUCAGCCCCGAUGAUGUCUUCUACACACCAAUGACACAUAUACGCCCUUCACAGCGAGAACAAAGCUCGAAUCCUCCCCACUCGGUGAUUGCACCCCAGUUCUCGCCACCUGCUAAGCAGCCACAGUUUUCACUCAUUUCUGGCAGAGAAAGCCUGUCGGCGGUGCAUUCACCAUUUGAACGGAAUAUUUCUUUGAAGGAGAGAACUGAAGCUCAACUGGCCGCUUUUGAUAAAGUUUCCAACAAGAUAGACAUCGCUAUCAAACAAGCGCGAGAUGUUCUGAGCAAACCAAUUCGUCUGGGUUUACCACCACUCGAUACUUCAGCAUUUCCAUCAUUCAGCGAAAAUCGUCAAACUAUGGAUCCGAGUCAAUUGGAAAGCCUAAAGAGGAUGAGGAGAAAUAGCGAACAAGAUCCUGCAUUGAAUCAUACAGCUCACGAAGAGUCUGAAGAUGUGAGCACUGCUGCUCUAGAUCAUGGCGAGCCUGAGGUAAAGAGCCAGACAAAGGGCGCGGACAUCUCAUUGCCCAUGGCGCUAGGUGCAAGUAUGGCGGCCGAGUUAGCCUACGCUGAGCGUGUGGAGAAGGUUCAGUCACAUCUGGUUGCUACUCGUGAAAUAGCCAGAAAAGUCGAAGGGAAGAUGGGAACUGCUGAG